GCCCCCCAUUACGUGCUGGAGCUCUCUGUGUCGCCCACCUUGAUCUUUGUUUCGACCGACAUGCUCCCCCGAAGAGAUCUGGUCAUGCACCAAGCCUACUUGGACGAAGUUUACGAGACGUCCGGAGCUCGCGAGAUGCAUUCGAAGAUUUAAAAAGACGCGCGCUUUACUUACUACGACACGCCAAGCCUCUUUCUGCACGCCGUGCUCUCGCCAAUCCACAUCUGCCACGUGUACAACCUCGAGGAGAGGUUCACGGACGGCCACAGACCGGUCGUGACAGCGAUGAAGGAAUUAGUGGAGCCUUACGUGAGGACUGUGCUUGACAGCUGGAUCAAGGUGGUGGAGGCACGUGCCGGGAACGUGCCAGACGAAGAGCAGGAUGCCCUUUUCCUGCGCGAUAUGAUCCUGCUGGACGGAAGCAUCAAGAGGGAUCCCGGAACGGCAGUGCUUCCCCGGACGCUGGGCCCGGAGCUAGGGGGCAAGAUCGUGGAUGCGCUUAUCAGAGGUGACCCGCGACAAGUGACACAGGCAGAGCACUACCAGCUCCAGCGGCCGCACUUCAGGCACUGGCUCGGUACGCGCACGUCGUGGGACGCAGCGACUGGGGAACUUAUUGACAAUUACGAGAUAUGGAGAAACGUUGAGGAGGUGGGGGCAGGAAUCGAUGGGGCCUUGAAGGUCGUCCAAGUGAAUACGCAUCACGUGCCACCAGUCAGCGCUGCUUCAAUGAAUCAGGGACCCUUGGUGUCCAAUUCGGACGUGCAUCAUGCGGACGGUGUCAGCAAGCAUUCGAGCGACAGCUGGUCGCACUACGCGCCAGGCGUUCCGUUCACGAAGAUCCCGGGAGACUGCGGGGAGCGCUUCCGCUUGGAAUUCCUCUUUCUGGCGCCCGACAACCGGUCGCGCCUGGGACUGGCGAUCGCUUACGACGCCCUGGGCAAAGCAUCUCGGGUGGUAAUGAACCGGGAGACUGUGUGGGGACAAGAAGACGAGCCCGUCAUGCGGUGGUCGACGGUAAGCGAGGCAUCAAUGGAGCGGAAUCGUCCACGUGGCAGGCUUACAGGCAUCGAGCACACCCUUUCCCCCGACCUGUUGCGCUGGGAGACGGCCGGCGACUGGAAGGGCUACGAACACCCAGUCGGGUCGCCGCUCACCGGGAAGCAACUCUCGACGGGUGAUUACGAGGUUAUUCAUUUCCCGGAAGGGUUAACGCUCUCCUUUCCGAAGUUUAUUGAGACGGGGAUGGGAGCUUUCCAUCUUUCGGCACAUUGGGCUCGCAGCGAGAGGUCGAUGUACCAGCAGACGGCUACUUAUGGAGCAGAUGGCGCCUUCCACAGCUCCAGGAAGGCGUGUUACACGCAAUGUACUUAAAUGUGUCUGAUGGCUUUUACGGCAGGUGUACAUAAGAGCUAAGCCGUUCUAAACCAAAAACGAGGUAACAUUUCGAAGAAAAGAGCGACACUUUACUUUGUGACCAUAGGGUUUGCCUGAUCUUUGCAGUGUGACCUUAGGAUUUGCUGCGCCCUUUAGAAGAGGUUGACUCUCCCUUCUUAGUUGAUUAUGGACGGCGUCAAACUGAUACUUACAACGUAGAAUCAUUAUUGAAAGGUGAUGAGUGAUGCUAGCUUAGAGCAGAUUUAAAGUUCGUUCAAUGAUGUUGUGUAGCUACAGUAGGGGGAAUCAGAACAAAUUCCCGCAGGCCGUACUCUGCGCCGGCGACCUAAUGCAGAUAGUACAGAACAUGAGGCAACACCAAAUUGAGAUUAUUUCUGUCUCUUAUCUCUGCAAAGUACUAAGAGC